AUGCAAAGCCGAAGCUGGAGAAAUCAGAGCUCUGUUACUGAGUUUAUCCUUCUAGGCUUCUCCAGAAACCCUAGGACCAACUGGCUCCUUUUCUUCCUCUUCCUCUUCCUCUACUUAUUUACAGUCUUAGGGAAUGGGCUCAUUGUCACCUUGAUCAGAGUAGAUGCACGCCUCCACACUCCUAUGUACUUCUUCCUCAGCAUUCUUUCUCUAUUGGAUCUCAGCUACACUACCACCACAGUGCCCCAGAUGUUGAUUCAUCUAGUAAGCAAGAAUAAAACUAUCUCUUACAUUGGGUGUGUGGUUCAGAUGUAUGUUUUUCUGACCUUGGGAAUCACGGAGACUUGGAUUUUUGCAGCCAUGGCCUAUGACAGAUAUGUUGCCAUAUGCUAUCCACUCCAUUAUGGCGUCAAGAUGAGCCAAACCCUGUGUGUACUCCUGGUUGUCAGCUCUGCCCUUUGUGGUCUCAUCUGUGCUCUCGUCUACACUGUCUUUGCAAUGAAUCUUCCCUACUGUGGCCCCAAUGAGAUCAACCACUUCUUUUGUGAAAUUCCUGCUGUCUUGAAGUUGGCCUGUGCAGACACAUCUCUCAAUGACCAAGUGGACUUUAUACUGGGUUUCAUCUUGCUCCUGAUCCCAUUAGCUCUCAUCUUGGCCUCAUAUAUUCAUAUCUUCAUGGCUAUUCUGAGGAUUCGCUCCACCCAGGGGCGAGUCAAGGCCUUCUCUACCUGUGCCUCACAUAUCACUGUGGUCACCAUGUUUUGUAUUCCCUGUAUGGUCAUGUAUAUGAGGCCUGGUGCUGAGGCCUCUCCUGAGGAUGACAAGAAACUAGCUCUGUUCUACAAUGUCAUCUCUGCUUUUCUCAAUCCCAUCAUCUAUAGCCUGAGAAAUAAGGACGUGAAGAGGGCUUUCCUCAAGUUAAUCAGAAUGGGUGAGGACACUCAGUAG